AUUUAUUCGUGCAUCUAUGCUUAUUGUCUUGUGUAUAUGUAUACAGGUAUGUGUUUCUUUGUCUGUGUGCUUGUCUAUGUGAGAAAGAGAGAGGGAGCGACUGGUGACGCAGAAGAUGACGUGUGCUGUGACGUCUUUCCGUGAAAACAAAAUACUAGUCACGUGUGAUGUCAUUCAACCAAUAAGACGUCAGUAAACAUGGAGUGGGGUGUCACUGGUCCUUUCAACGCGCUGCCCACAGAGCUUCUUGUCCUCAUCUUCAGGGAACUGUCCAAUGAAGACAGGGGUUCCUGCUGUCAAGUCUGUAAAAUGUGGAGGGAGGCAAUCAUCUCUGAGCCCUCCCUGUGGCACAAGUUCGAUGUCACUGUCCAUCCUGAUUGGAACUGGAAAAAAACCCGCUCAUUUUUUGGUCACAAAGGCCCCAGAUUGUACCUCCAUGUCAGACACCUUGUACUCAACUUGGACAGAAGAGCACAAGGACCACAAAUUGUUGAUGCGCCUCAGGCAAACGCUGUUCUCAGCUCAGUGUCCAAACUGUUGCGAGCCUUGCCUCAUGACAUGACACUGACAAGUUUCUCUUUCUCGGGUUUCAAGUAUUACAAUGAUAGUAAAGACUGGAAAAGUCGUGUUAUCUUAGAACUAUGUAAAUUUCUGAGAACUCAGAAGAGAUGUUUAGAAGAAGUCAGUUUCACAUCACUGGAGCUCCUGUCGAAACAGAGCUGGGGGAGUCUGCUAAUGGCGGUUGCUCCUACAGAUGAGGAGGCAGGCGAGAGCAAAAUAAGGCGCUUGUCUCUGACAAAAAUGCUACAUAUAACCGCCACACCAGAUAUGUAUUUCGUUAAAACUAUAGGACGAUUUUUGCUUUUAAAGAAGAUCGAAAUAACAUUCGAGCAUCUGACUGAUGAGUUAAUGAAGACCCUGGCGUUUGCCUGCCCUCUCCUGAGACGCUUUACUAUUCUGAUUGAUUUAAGUCUUCAACUCGAUCUUCCAAACCAGAUCCAGAAGCUGACUCUUAAUGAGGUUGUCAACAAGAACCCUAACUUGCGGUUCGUGUAUUGCCUCAUGUUGGGGGACAACAUGUAUGUCUACCUCAAGAACCUGCUCAAAUAUCUCAAUCGAAUACCCGUCGAGGGACUUGUUGUCGACGUCUCCAGUAUGCCCACCGUCCCACCCAUUGUCGAUUGUUACCUCCACUUGAUGGCACACUAUAAUGGAAACUAUCUAACUUUCCUGGAGUGGUCGUGUGUGGUGCGGGGCAACUGGUGCUAUGGCCCAGCUCUGGUGAACCUAGUGAACAUGUGUCCCAGACUGGCCUCUAUCACAAUGAGGAAUAUAAUUCUGGAUCUGGAUACAGCGACAGCCAUCAGUGCCUUCAGCAACAAUAAUGAGCGAGGGAAGAUAAAGCUGCGAGUGGGAGAAAUCUGUGUCAGCAGUGAGGCAUCAUCCAAUGCACUGGAAGAAGGCAUUCGACAGUUGAAGGACAGUCUCGAUCUUCAAAUAGUUAUGUAAGACCAAGCUUCUUGAAAAAAGUUAUAUCAAAGAAAGUCCACAGCUCUUUUUCAAUAAUAUUCUUUAUUAAUACAUUUCAAAGUUAAAUACUUGUCAGUAGACUAUCUCAUGGAACUAUAUUUAACGAAGGGUCCCUAUUUACGUUUCCGGACAACCAUCAGACACAAAAAUGUAUAUUUGAUUCUCCAGUGUUUCAUUCUGCCGCAAACACCAGUCAGACAACAAAUGCCUAUCCAAAUAAUAAAUCAUUGCUUAAUUUCACAAGAGUGUCUGUCUACUAUAUGUACCCCUGUAAUGUACUUGCAAGUGAGUUUCUGAUUGAUAUUUUCUGACUGAACUUUGUUUGCACAUGUAAAAUUAUGGUUAUUAAGCAAUGGGGAAAAAACCCUACCGCCAAACAAUAUAAUCGAGAAAAAAUGUCUCAACAUUGCCUGUCCAAUAUUUGACCAGGUACUCAGUGUACAUAGUGACUCCCUCAGCACUGGGCAGAUGACUGUUUAGAUGUGUUACUUCAUGUGUCAUUAACAAUCAUUAUAAACUUUUUUUUAUAAUUCAUCUUUCAUGCUUUCGUCAUAAAGCAAAAGAUAACUUUAAAAAAUCUUGUCUUGCUAAGGGAAUUAACCGAAGCAAACAAAAAGAAAAGUCAAACCUUUUUAAAUUAGUUGUCUCCCUUACUCCACCAUACGCCGGGUCAAGGGUGCGUGUCCACAAACCUUCACUGCUUGUUACUUAUGUUUGUUUUCUUUGACACAUGUAAGAAUCGGUUAAAUGAAUUUUUUUUCUAAACAAGACGCCGACAGCAUUCACAAAACAUUCUUUGUUUUGACUUAUCUGUAAACUGUAGUUUACUCUGAAAUUGUGAAGAGAGCAAUACAUUUCUAGAUUUUUUGUUUUACUGAUUAUACCUCUUACUGUUAGAGUUCUGUCUCAAACAAAAACACCACAGGUUUAUUGUGUUUGUAACAAGUCUUUAAGAAAAUGCGUACUUAUAAAGUUUCCAAGAUCGUAUUGUAUAAUUCAAGCGAGAUGAUAUAUUAUUUUAUUUUAAAAACGUAAACUUUUAUAUUACAUUUUCUAUUUUAUGCAAUGAUGUGUUAAUGUUUAUUGCCUAUA